GUUAUAUAGUUUAAUUAUGAUUCCUGGGUAGGAUCAAGAAAAUUAGACAAAUCUCAAGAAAUUUCUAGUCUAAUAUAUAGAUCAAGUAUGCUACCUAGAAUGUACCAAGUGCCCAUUUAUGCCACCUCAAUGAGUUUUCCAAAAAAACCAAAUAUUUUUUAGAUGAAUUAUUUGUUGAUUUCCAUACUAUCCUGGAAAGAUCAGUGAAUACCACCCAUAUUUUCAUUUGAAAAGAUGGACUCAUUUUUGGCCUUAUUCACAGACAGCCUUUCUUCCAGACAAAUUUCAGCAUAUUUUGAUGACUCAUUGUAGAAAUUGGUUUAUUAUUUGCAGCAGGAGAAAGCAUUGCUAGCCAACAGCUGAGAAAAAGAAAAGGUUACAACAUUCUGUUUUAAGUCUCUAAAGGCCUUAUUGGGCAGAAUGUAAUUUCCAGCUGUGGAUUCAUCCAGCCUUUGAGGACUUAUCCCCUGCCUCUUUUCUGAAGUGUUCUAUGAUUGUUCAUUACCUCAAGUUGUCCAUUUUACAUCUUAUUUGAAAGCAGGACCCUGACAGUGCUAAACUUUCUGAGGCUCAGCUGAACUGUCAGAGGUAAAGAAACCAAGAAGUUUGCUUGUAUUUAUUCUACCCCAGACAUUCUGCAUAUUACAUUCAUUAUCUCACAGCUUUAUCAGGUAGGUAGUAGUAUUACCAACAUUUAACAGUUAAGGAAGCUGAAGUUGAAAGAAGUUAGUUACCAUUCCCAGGAUUUACAUAGCUCAUUCAAGAAUUUUUGAACCCAGGACUCUCUGGUAACAAAGUUUAUGCUUACAACCAUUUUGCAUUUAAGCUUUCUGUCAUUUAGAAGACAUUGACGUUGUCAUUACUAUUUUUUAUACAUGAAUUAUGUGCCUCUAUAAUUAAGAUGACAACUGCUUGUCCAGAUUACUUAUCCCUGUAAAAAAAUGUUUCCGAACAAUGUGAAGUGUGAGUAAAUAAUACAUCCUGCAUAAAAUGUUUUGUGGAUCAAUGAGAUGGCUUAUUAGAAACAUUUAGCUUCUUCCAAGAAGGGUUUCCAAAAUGGCAAAUGUAGUAGAAUUCUUUAUAACACUUGUACCUGGAGUCAGAAGUCACAUGUAGCAUCAGACUAACUAUAUCAGUUGGGGCUUUUAGGGUUGUGCUUUUUGGAUUUUAGAGGGAUGUGAUUUGACCUUUGAUUAAGAAGGCAUCAUGGGGCUGGGUGUGGGGGCUCACACCUAUAAUCUGAGCACUUUGGAAGGCUGAGGAGGGAGGAUUGUUGAGCCCAGGAGUUCAGGACCUCAGCCUGGGCAACACAGCAAGAUCCUAUGUCUACCAAAAAAAAAAAAAUUGGCUGGGCGUGGUGUCAUGCACCUAAUAGUCCCAGCUACUCGGGAGGCUGAGGUAGGAAGAUCACUUGAGCCUGGGAAGUCAAGGUUACAGUGAACUAUGAACAUGCCAUUGUACUCCAGCCUGGGCAACAGAAUAAAACCCUGCCCACGCACCCCCCUCAAAAAAAAAAAAGAGAGAAAGAAAAUAUCAAGGUACCAUGGCUAAGAAGGUAUAACAAUUUCUUGAUACAGAACUUUGUUGCUGUUGCAAUGAGGUUCGCUGUAUCACUUGAAAAUAAUUUGAAGAAAUUAAAUCAGAUCAGGGCCUUGUACCUAAGACCUUACAUGUGCUUUAGUAGUCAUAAAAUAUGUUAUGUUAAUGAGGAUGCUGACUGGCAAUCAGAAGUCUAAAAUGGGGCAUUACUGACACUUUACAUGCUGUCAUGGUUAAUACCAUAGCUGCAGGUCUCCAACCUAGACUAUCGAGGGUCUGUGUCUCAACCCCUAUCUCCUCUCCUCUCCUCAUUCCUCCUCCACCCUGAAUUACAUGCAAGCCUGGACAAUAUUGCUUUAGCACUUUCUAAGUAUAUUUUAUGUUGGCAAGUCAUAUAUUUACUCAGUUCUUUUGUGCAAAGCAAGUAAGCUACCAGAGCUCUCCCCUUGGGGCCAUUAAUCAAAUUGUUUUUGAGCUUUUCUGCUCCCCAGGGUGGGGACGUGUGACAAAUUUCUUGGUGAGCAUACCCUUAAAAUGAAAAGAUGUUCUUGGGUGAUAUCAGACAAGGUCAGUUUGUUCUUUGGUCUCAUGAAAAGGCUCUCCCAGUUUGUUCACUGUUACUAGUGAACUUGACUUACCUUGUGAGCUUCUGGUUACAGGGAUUUUUUUUUUUUUCAUUUCAUUUUACCUACCUUGGUACCUAGCAGUGUUGGAUACAUAGAAGGUACUUUCUAUAUUUUGUUUUUGGAAAAUACUUUAAAGUUACACAGGAGAAAAUAUAUCCAUGUAAUUCAGAGGAGGCUGGAUUCCCUUCAGGAAUGGGGGCAUUAUUGGUUUUAAUCCUCAGUAUACACUUAUUAGAAAAUAAACAAUGAGUUGAAUGUUUGACGUAGGUCAAGUAGCAUGCAGGAAGGAUAAUCAUAGACCUGCUUUUGCAAAGCGUACAAUCAAGAGUAAAAGACUUACAAUGUGAGGAUAGAAUGAUGUCACUACCACUUUUAUCAUUACUCUUGCCUAGUAUGUAUCGAGCAAUAAUGAAAUGUCAGAACUUCUUCUAAGUCAUUUCAAUAUUAACGCCUUUAAUUCUCAAAACAAGGCUCUUGAAGUAAGCACUGUGAUUAUUCCCAUUUUACAAAUGAGGAAACUGAAAUACGGAGAGGUUAAGUACUUGCUGAAGAUCACACAGUUAUAAAAGGCAUGCCUGCUAUUUGAAUUUUUGCAGUCUGACUCCAGAGCCCAUACUUGUAUGUACUGGUCAGAUGGAAGAAGCAGGGGAUCCCAAAUGAGCCCCUCGCCCAAAGCUGUGGGUUAGAGAAGGGUCCCAGAGUCAGUGACAUCUGUGCUAAGUCAUGGAUGAUGGGUAGGUAUUUGCCAGGUGAAGGAGGAGGAAGAGGAAGGUGUUGAGUUAUGUUGUGUUCGGAUGAUAAUACAGAACUGGUUAUUAUGGUUGCAGUGUGUGUGUGUGUGUGUGUUUGUGUGUGUGUGUGUGUGUGUCUGUUUGGAGCAGAUGAUACAGAUGCUCGAGCCAGAGUAUGUACGUCUUUGUUAAGCCAUGUUAUUACUAAAUGUGGGUUUUUAUCUUGUGUAUUGUUGUGAGCCACUGAAGGGCUUUAAUCAGGUAACAUGAUAAAACUUACAUUUUUAGAAAAGUUAGUUGGGCUUCUGUGUAGACAAUGAAAGAAAGAACAGGAGGAAGAUUGCCGGCAGGAUAUUAACUAGGAAGCUUUGCAGCAGCCCAGGAAAGGACGGAUUAAUACAAAACCUAGAGUCAGGGGAAGACGGGGCAGAUGCCAGAGAGAUCCAGGGAGUAGAAUCCAGCAGGACUUCGUAACUGAUUGGCUGGAUAGGAGAGAAGAAUUAGACAGAAGAGUCACAUUUAGAGUAUUUCAAAGAAAAAAAAUUGAAUUCCACAGUUCCUGCUUCAGGCCAGUUUUUCAUUGUUCUUACAGUUCAUUUUUCUUUAGAAAGGAAAAGGCACAUUAAAUGUUAAAGAAACAGAUGUACCUGAUUUUUUAUGGACUCCUGGUCCAUUUGACUUUCCUUUCUAAUGCUAUAGUUUCUUGAGUUUACACUACUUGUGGUGGCGAAUACUUUCAGUAAACUUUCUUGUAUGUCAUCUCUUAAAAAUUGCAAUACCAAUCCCUUUAAGUUGCCAUAAAAAAGAGAGGGCAAUGCAGGAUGAGAGAAAUUAUGCUUGUCUUCAGUAUCUUAAUGGGCACCAUACUCCUUAGAUAUUAAGACUGAAUCUGACUUUUACCCCCCAAAUUAUCAGAUUCUGACCCUAUUUUAUUUGCACAUGUAAACACAUGUUUGGGAACAGCAAAGUUAUUUCCAUCAGCCUUGGACAAUGCAUUUUUAUAAUGGCAAAUUCUAUUCUUAAAUAUCCCACGUAGGGUUAAAGAGGAAAAUAUCUUCUGUCCUACGAAAACCAUGCCUUGUGCUUUGCCUCUACUCUUUGUUUCUGAUAGGGGAUACCUGAGCAUCAGAAACUGUGUUUCUCUUGAGAAUUUCCAUCUGCUGGUAGGUUUUCUCUAUGGUUCUAGAGAGCAGAUAAAGAUACAAGUAUCCCUUAUUAUAUGACAGUCUUGCUUUUUCUGUACAGUACAGGUUUUCAAGUAGUAAAAUUCCUACCUUGUUUAAAAUGUUUAAAAUCUAUACUAAUUAUUUGGCCCCUUUCCUCUUUGUCCCUUUUAGUUUUGUAAUUGUCAUUCAAGUGUAAGAAAAAUAUAACCAUGCUUAAGAUACUUGAAAAAAUCUUUCCAAUUCAGAACUCUUUGAAUGUAAUAGAGACUCUUUAGAAUUUUACCAUAUAGUAGGAAAUACUGUUUCAACCACCAUAUGAACAAUGAUUUAUGAUAUUUCUUAUUGUAUUAGCCCGUUUUCAUGCUGCUGAUAAAAACAUACCCGAGUCUGGGAAGAAAAGGAAGUUUAAUUUGACUUACAGUUCCACAUGGAUGGGGAGGUCUCACAAUCAUGGCGGAGGGCACAAGGCACUUCUUACAUGGAAGCAGCAAGAGAGAAUGAGGAAGCAAAAGCAUAAACCCCUGAUAAACCCAUCAGAUCUCGCAAGACUUAUUCAGUAUCACAAGAAUAGCAUGGGAAAGACUGACUCCCAUGAUUCAGUUACCUCCCACUGGGUCCCUCCCACAACAUGUGGGAAUUCUGGGAAAUACAAUUCAAGUUGAGAUUUGGGUGGGGACACAGCCAAACCAUAUCAUUUAUGAAACAGCAUUACCUGGUGGGGAGGAAACAAGUGGCAUAUUAUCAAAUGGGAUGCUAUUAUUGCACAAGGUCAUGUGGCUGUUAAAUGGUAGACCCAGAGCUCCAGCCUUGUUCUGUGCCAUUCCUAGGCCCUGCUCUUUCUUACUUUCAUACCACACAUGUCAUUCCUGCCUCUAGCUCACGGCCACAGUCUAAUUUUUUGAUAGGGAGCAAUUCCAGAAAUGAAGAUUCAAAUCCCAACUAAUUCUGUUCUACUGAAAAUAUGGCCCAUGGACCAGCAGCAUUGAGAUCACCAGGGAGCUGUUGAUAGCUGCUUGUUUAUGGAGUGCUUAUUUUGUCCAAGUGAGGUGCCAACUCCAUUACAUGCAUUAUCUCAUGACCUUCUCAAAAGAUGUGCAAUGAUACAAUCCUUCUUUUUCCACAGAUGACAAAAGUAAGGAUAGGAAACUUAUUGACCAUACUUGUCCAGUGCUGUACAAGGAAAGGUUGGAGGUGAAUUUGGACCUAGCUGUUCUGAUUUCAGAGCUUAUACUUUUAACCAUACACUGCAGUUUAGGAUGCAUGUGGCGCUGUUUCAGGGGAGAGCACAGUAGGGAGUGGGAAGGUGAGGAGGAAAGGAAACGGAUGGCAAAUGUGUCGCCUAGGUAGGCUAGCUGCUGUAACAAAGAGGACCACAAACAUGUAAUGGCUUGAAAAUGUUUAUCUUUGCUCAUAUAACAAUACUGGGCAGGUGAAGGGGUUGAUGCGACUGCCACAUGUUUUCGUUUAUUCAGGAAUCCAGGCUGAUGAGAGCUCUGUCAUUUUUAGCACGUAGCUGCCAAAUUCACCCUGGAGUCAGUGUAGCUAGAAGGACGAAAUCACCAAGAGGAAGGGAUGUUCCUGGGAGGAUAUUUUAUGGGCCAUGCCCAGAUGUGAUACAGCUACUUCCAAUCACAUGUCAUGGGCCAGGACUCAGGUGUGGGGGCCUGAGAAGAGGAGCCGGGUGUGAGUCUCAGACGGGGAGGAAUACCUGGAUUUUACUGAGUUUUCAGGAAAUAGUAGGUCAUAAGCCGCUAUUAGAAUCAAGCCUCUGGGUACAUUUUUAUAUGUUUUAUUCUUUCAGGCUUUGUGAGAGGGGGUUAUUUAUUUCAUUUGCAAAGCAGUGAAUUGAGAUCCAGGGAUUUGUCCAAGGUCACGUGGCUUGUUCUGUGCCAUUCCUAGUCCCUGCUCUUUCUUCCCAUCAUACCACACAUGUCAUUUCUGCCUCUAGCUCACAGCCACAGUCUAGUCCUUUGAUAAGAAGCAAUUCCAGAAAUGAAGAUUCAAAUCCCAGCUAUUCUGUUCUACUCAAAAUAUGGCCCAUGGACCAGCAGCACUGAGAUCACCAGGGAGCUAGUUAGAAACCUGCAGUUUCAUACUUGGGAGGCUGAGGUGGGAGGAUCGCUUGAACCCAGUUUCAGGCUGCAGUGAGUGAUGAUUGUAACCCUGCACUCCAGCCUGGGCGACAGAGCAAGAUCUUGUCUCUAAAAGAAAAAGAAAUAGAAAUGUGCAAUUUUUGUCCCUACCCCAUAACUGCUGAAUCAGACUGGUCAUUUUAAUGGGGCCCCCAGGUAAUCUGGAUGCACAGUAAAGUCUGGGAAGCCCUGGACCAGGUUCCUGGAAGCCAGCCUCUCCACCUACUGCCGCUAUGUGACUGUCAUCUUCCUUCCGUGUGGGAGAAGUGGAUUCACUGCAUGUUAGCUACAGGGUAUAACCACUGGAGUAAAAUUUCAGCCUUUUUGAAGAGUAAACAUGUUUAACCUAGAAAGGACUACUUAGCAACAUAAUAUUGAAAGACCGCUCAGCCCAUUUUUUGAAAAGCAUGAGCUGUUUCCAUAGAUAAGCCAAACAGGCCUGAGCAAAACAGAGGAAAAGCGAACUUUGCUAUUUUGAUUUGUGGAUGAUGAUUUGAUUUUCUAAAAAGAACAGCUUUGUUUCUUUCCCUGAGAACAUAAGAUUACUGAGUUCUUAGAGCCUCAGCUCAUGCAGCUUUCCUGCUUGGGUAUAUGGGUAGGGCAAAGCCAGAUUAAAGAUGCACAGUAUCAAGCCAUCUGACCUCCAAUGCCAGAUUUCCUGCAGUAGUCUAAUUACCAGUUUAUUAGCUGUUAACCUUGCACCACAGUUACAAAACGGCAACUGCUGGUUAGAGUCUUAAUAGUUGAUAAGUGUCAGGGAGGAUCUUCCUUCUGGUGAGACCAGUAUCCUUGUGAGUCUCAUGAUGAUAAUUUGCUUUAGAACUCAGUCACUGGAAGGGAGGAGAGAAGGGACAUAAUGACCGAGGGUACCCAAGUACUGUGACAGAAGGCCAUAGACAGCUUUCCUAUCUAGGAGGAAUUCAGCCUGAAGCCCACAGCUCAAGGGGCACACAGACCAGGCACUCCUGUUUUGAAACAAUAAAAUGAAACUGUUUUUUGCAAGUUUUGUUCACUUGAUCAUUUUGCCCUGUGUCUGUGAUUUCCCUUAGAAUAAAUUAGGAACAGUACCUCGGUUUUAGUAUAAGACCAUGUGCAGCCACAACAACAUUGCCUUAGAAGGUAACUUUAUGCUAUUUGUAUUCAAUUAAAUCUCACAAGCCACCCAGAGUGAAUGUUUUCAUGUUGCUUUCUUAGAGAUAUGAACACAGAGAACAGAAGCUUGCUUAAGUUCAGAGCAAACAGAAUUCCAGUUGCACGGACCCUCCCAGUUACAGCUGUGUGUUUAUCAAUACUUGGUGGAUAGGGAAGAGGCGGCUUGUGAACUGCAAGACUUUAAUGCAUGUCAGUAACCUUCUACUACAAAUUGAAAUGAUCUGUUAAUCAGGAAAGGGUUUGCCAUUUUUAUGCUAGUGUAUUUCACGACAGUCCAGUUGGAAAAGAGUUAGUAUUGAUGUUCUAUUGGCAAGGUUUCCAGACCAGAUUUGAUUUAUAAGAACAGCACUGCAUAUAAGAGUGUACAUUGCUUAGAUAGGACAUCCAGGAACUGUGUUAAUCUACAUUUUCAGGUACUUCUACUCAAGAGAAGCACAGAAAAUAUCUUUACAAAGUUCCAAAAUUAAAUUUUAGAAAAAGGUUUGAACAAAAAUGUUUGCUUAUUAAUUUAUCCAUGGUUACUCCAGCGAGCUCUCUCAUGACAACUCAUGGCAUGCUUUACUAGAUGCUGGGCCCUAUGCAUGGGUUUCAUCUGAUAUUACCCUAAAAAGGACUCUUCAGAUAGAUAUCAUAACCUUCAGUUUACAGUUUGAGGGAGCUGCAUUGGAUCUCACAACGAGCAGAUAUGAGCGCUGGACUUCCAGGGUCCUCAAAAGUAGCAAUCACUGUGAGUACAUGAUGGCAGCCGACACAUAGAAUGGACGUGGUCCAUACAGGCCAUGACUAGGGCAGGUUGUCUCACUCACACAAGGCCUGUUCAUUUAUUCAUUCAUUUCUCUUCACUUGUUUAAUAAGUACGCAUUGAGAAGUUACCAUGUGCCAGGAUAACACAAAAAUGAAAGAUUCACAGGUCCUGCCCUCAUGGAGUUCCCCACUGAGUUUUUGUUUGUUUGUUUGUUUAAAUACAAGCUUUACUGUAUUUCCUUUCUUGGAUGGUUACAUCUAGGUAAGACAGAUACGUUGUAUGUUGGAUGGCCUCAAUUAAGCAAGAUGCUAAUAACUUUAUGAAACUGUGGGGAAAAUUUGGGGUAUGUUAUUUGGUUAAAGAAUAGGAACAUUUCUAAGGACAGAUUACAAAGUUAAACCUAAAAUUAAACAGUUUGCUUGCCAAUGUAUUCCUUUUGUGUAUUCCUUUAUCUGUGAGUUCAUUGAAUGCUUCCUAUGUGCAAGGUAUUAUGCAGAGUGUAAAAGUUGAAUUCAGUUUCUCAUGCAGCUGAAACUUCUUUCAGACUUGGACAUGAGCUUGAAAUAAUUAGAGUGCUAGAUAGAAAUGUUCAUUGCCUUGGAGAGGUAUGUAUAAAGUACUUGGGAUUUAAAGGAAGAGAGAAUUAGAGAAAACGUGAAGGGGGGGAAAUGACAUUUGAGCCAGACAUCAAAGGACAGACAGGAUUGGAAGAUGGGGAGAUAGGUAGGAAUAGAAGAUUCAUUUUAGCCAGAGAGAACAAUAGGGAAAAUAGAAGAGUGACUAGCAGGAAAUUCAGCUCAAAUUUGAGAUAUGAAAGAUAUUUUAUAGGUAUCAAUAAUUGACUUACUUCCAAAGAGUUCAUCAUCAUUUUAAUCUUCCUUGAAGAUUAUUUUUUAAAUCCAAGUAAGAUAUUUUAAAAAUUAGACCGUACAUAAAAGUUGAAAAAGGAAAAAAAUGCUGACCUUCACUCCAGUGAAACCACUGGCUAACGUUUGAGUAUUUUCCUUCAAGUCUUUUGCAUUUUGUUUCUGUGCCUCUGAGUAGUUGAAAUAAUGUAUUGCAUUCUGCCUUUUCAUUUAAAAUAAUACUACCAGCACCUACCCACGUUAUGAAAGGCUCUUUGGAAUCGUCACAUUUAAUGGCCUUAUACUGUUCAGCCAUUUGGCUUUGUCAUAGUUGACUUUACCCCACCCUAUUGCUGGAGUUUAGGGUGUUUCAUGUUUUCCAUUGCUAUGAACAGACUAGCUGUUGGCCAGCCAACCCUUUUUGUAUUUCACAAAUGGUAAAGCCAAGGCACUUGUAAUAAGCCAAGAUGGGGACUGACUUGUUCAGUUGCUAGAAGCCAAAAGACUCUUGCAUAAAAAGCUGCCUUCUGACUAGAAGAGGGGCUGUGGGGUUUCUAGGAAUAGAGAUUAAUAAGGUGCUUAGGUCAUAUCCCCUGAGAAGUUUAAUCUGAGUGGGCCACUGACCUUCUGGCCUCUGGAAAGGAGAUCCGUUGAAUUUCUAAGCCCUUUGGUACUCCUCCCAUUUCCUGCAGAAUUUUGAUUGUGGGUAAAGUUUCAAAACACUGGCUCUUCGCAUUGGAUUUCCAAGUUGGGAAGAGAAGGCAGGAAGACCUAUCAAAGGACAAAGAUAUUGUGUUCUCCACUUCGAUCUGAAAGAUGGAAUGGCAGGGGAGAAAGGAAGGGAAAAAAAGGAGGUCUUGAAUAUAAUCAUGGCCAAACCUUAUGAAUUUAACUGGCAGAAGGAAGUUCCUUCCUUUUUGCAAGAAGGAGCAGUUUUUGACAGAUACGAAGAGGAAUCCUUUGUGUUUGAACCCAGCUGCCUCUUCAAAGUGGAUGAGUUUGGCUUCUUUCUGACAUGGAAAAGUGAAGGCAAGGAAGGACAGGUGCUAGAAUGCUCCCUCAUCAACAGUAUUCGGUCGGGAGCCAUACCAAAGGAUCCCAAAAUUUUGGCUGCUCUUGAAGCUGUUGGAAAAUCAGAAAAUGAUCUGGAAGGGCGGAUAGUUUGUGUCUGCAGUGGCACAGAUCUAGUGAACAUUAGUUUUACCUACAUGGUGGCUGAAAAUCCAGAAGUAACUAAGCAAUGGGUAGAAGGCCUGAGAUCAAUCAUACACAACUUCAGGGCCAACAACGUCAGUCCAAUGACAUGCCUCAAGAAACACUGGAUGAAAUUGGCAUUUAUGACCAACACAAAUGGUAAAAUUCCAGUUAGGAGUAUUACUAGAACAUUUGCAUCGGGAAAAACAGAAAAGGUGAUCUUUCAAGCACUCAAGGAGUUAGGUCUUCCCAGUGGAAAGAAUGAUGAAAUUGAGCCCGUGGCAUUUUCUUAUGAAAAGUUCUAUGAACUGACACAAAAGAUUUGUCCUCGGACAGAUAUAGAAGAUCUUUUCAAAAAAAUCAAUGGAGACAAAACUGAUUAUUUAACGGUAGACCAAUUAGUGAGCUUUCUAAAUGAACAUCAACGAGAUCCUCGAUUGAAUGAAAUUUUAUUUCCAUUUUAUGAUGCCAAAAGGGCAAUGCAGAUCAUUGAGAUGUAUGAACCUGACGAAGAUUUGAAGAAAAAAGGCCUUAUAUCAAGUGAUGGGUUUUGCAGAUAUCUGAUGUCAGAUGAAAACGCCCCAGUCUUCCUAGAUCGUUUAGAACUUUACCAAGAAAUGGACCAUCCUCUGGCUCACUACUUCAUCAGUUCUUCCCAUAACACUUAUCUCACUGGCAGACAGUUCGGCGGGAAGUCUUCGGUAGAAAUGUACAGACAGGUUCUCCUGGCUGGUUGCAGAUGUGUUGAACUUGACUGCUGGGAUGGAAAAGGUGAAGACCAAGAACCAAUAAUAACUCAUGGAAAAGCAAUGUGUACAGAUAUCCUUUUUAAGGAUGUAAUUCAAGCCAUCAAGGAAACUGCAUUUGUCACAUCAGAAUAUCCUGUAAUUCUCUCCUUUGAAAAUCACUGCAGCAAAUAUCAACAGUACAAGAUGUCCAAAUAUUGCGAAGAUCUAUUUGGGGAUCUCCUGUUGAAACAAGCACUUGAAUCACAUCCACUUGAACCAGGCAGGGCUUUGCCAUCCCCCAAUGACCUCAAAAGAAAAAUACUCAUAAAAAACAAGCGGCUGAAACCUGAAGUUGAAAAAAAACAGCUGGAAGCUUUGAGAAGCAUGAUGGAAGCUGGAGAAUCUGCCUCCCCAGCAAACAUCUUAGAGGACGAUAAUGAAGAGGAGAUCGAAAGUGCUGACCAAGAGGAGGAAGCUCACCCCGAAUUCAAAUUUGGAAAUGAACUUUCUGCUGAUGACUUGGGUCACAAGGAAGCUGUUGCAAAUAGCGUCAAGAAGGCUUCAGAUGACCUUGAACAUGAAAACAACAAAAAGGGCCUGGUCACUGUAGAAGAUGAGCAGGCGUGGAUGGCAUCUUAUAAAUAUGUAGGUGCUACCACUAAUAUCCAUCCAUAUUUGUCCACAAUGAUCAACUACGCCCAGCCUGUAAAGUUUCAAGGUUUCCAUGUGGCAGAAGAACGCAAUAUUCAUUAUAACAUGUCGUCUUUUAAUGAAUCAGUCGGUCUUGGCUACUUGAAGACACAUGCAAUUGAAUUUGUCAAUUAUAACAAACGGCAAAUGAGUCGCAUUUACCCCAAGGGAGGCCGAGUCGAUUCCAGUAAUUACAUGCCUCAGAUUUUCUGGAACGCUGGCUGCCAGAUGGUUUCGCUGAACUAUCAAACCCCAGAUUUAGCGAUGCAAUUGAAUCAGGGAAAAUUUGAGUAUAAUGGAUCGUGCGGGUACCUUCUCAAACCAGAUUUCAUGAGGCGGCCUGAUCGAACAUUUGACCCCUUCUCUGAAACUCCUGUUGAUGGUGUUAUUGCAGCCACUUGCUCAGUGCAGGUUAUAUCAGGUCAAUUCUUAUCAGAUAAGAAAAUUGGCACCUACGUAGAGGUGGAUAUGUAUGGGUUGCCCACUGACACCAUACGUAAGGAAUUCCGAACUCGCAUGGUUAUGAAUAAUGGACUCAAUCCAGUUUACAAUGAAGAGUCAUUUGUAUUUCGGAAGGUGAUCCUGCCAGACCUGGCUGUCUUGAGAAUAGCUGUGUAUGAUGAUAACAACAAGCUGAUUGGCCAGAGGAUCCUCCCGCUUGAUGGCCUCCAAGCCGGAUAUCGACACAUUUCCCUUCGAAAUGAGGGAAAUAAACCAUUAUCACUACCAACAAUUUUCUGCAAUAUUGUUCUUAAAACAUAUGUGCCUGAUGGAUUUGGAGAUAUCGUGGAUGCUUUAUCAGAUCCAAAGAAAUUUCUCUCAAUUACAGAAAAGAGAGCAGACCAAAUGAGAGCUAUGGGCAUUGAAACUAGUGACAUAGCCGACGUGCCCAGUGACACUUCCAAAAAUGACAAGAAAGGAAAGGCCAACACCGCCAAAGCAAAUGUGACCCCUCAGAGUAGCUCUGAGCUCAGACCAACCACCACGGCUGCCCUGGCCUCUGGUGUGGAAGCCAAGAAAGGUAUUGAACUUAUCCCUCAAGUAAGGAUAGAAGACUUGAAGCAGAUGAAGGCUUACUUGAAGCAUUUAAAGAAACAGCAGAAGGAGCUAAAUUCUUUAAAGAAGAAACAUGCAAAGGAACACAGUACCAUGCAGAAGUUACACUGCACGCAAGUUGACAAAAUUGUGGCACAGUAUGACAAAGAGAAGUCGACUCAUGAGAAAAUCCUAGAGAAGGCAAUGAAGAAGAAGGGGGGAAGUAAUUGUCUCGAAAUGAAAAAAGAAACAGAAAUCAAAAUUCAGACGCUGACAUCAGAUCACAAAUCUAAGGUCAAAGAGAUUGUAGCACAGCACACAAAGGAAUGGUCAGAAAUGAUCAAUACCCACAGUGCUGAGGAGCAAGAAAUCCGAGACCUGCACCUCAGCCAGCAGUGUGAGCUGCUGAAAAAGCUACUCAUCAAUGCCCACGAGCAGCAAACCCAGCAGCUGAAACUGUCCCAUGACAGGGAAAGCAAGGAAAUGCGAGCACACCAGGCUAAGAUUUCUAUGGAAAAUAGCAAAGCCAUCAGCCAAGAUAAAUCUAUCAAGAAUAAAGCAGAACGGGAAAGGCGAGUCAGGGAGUUAAACAGCAGCAACACUAAAAAGUUUCUGGAAGAAAGAAAGAGACUUGCCAUGAAGCAGUCCAAAGAAAUGGAUCAGUUGAAAAAAGUCCAGCUUGAACAUCUAGAAUUCCUAGAGAAACAGAAUGAGCAGCUUUUGAAAUCCUGUCAUGCAGUGUCCCAAACGCAAGGUAGGACCGAAACUCUGAUAAGCAAGACGUUGCUUUCCUUCUCAACUACGUCCGUAUUCCCUGUGCAGUCUCCACUUAUGAGUCACAUCUGGUCAUAACUAAUAUCUGAAGGGUUUGGAUUUAAAAGCUUGACUAUUCCAUGCUUGGAUUUCUGAUGUCAUAUUCAUGCCAAAAUGCCCUAAGUCUUUAGAGAAUUACUUCUGACGGUAUUUGAACCUGUAUUUUCUAUUGCAGAUCUAGGAAACAGAUCAUGGUAAUAAAGACAUAACCAGAACAGUGAUGUGCAGCUGUCAUUUGGACUGACCAGAGCUAAGACAGGGUCACAGAGUCAGAUCACUCACAAAUGUUAAUAUGACUCCAAUUAAUUUUUAAAGCACCCGCUGAAAGUUGGUUGGUGGUUUUUAAUGAUGGAGCUGUGCUGUGCAUGUAGAAACCUUACACGAUGACUCUUGUCAUGCUCUCUGCUAAGUCCCAUCUGCCAAAGACCCUAAUCACUCCUCAUAAGUAAGGUGAUCAUAUAAUUUAUUGUCCAUACCAGCAUAGUUCUGAGAGUGAAAGGCAGCUCUGUUCAUAAUAUCUAGGACUACAGGCAUAAACUGGAAUUGCCUCAGACAAAUGAGAAUGAAUGGUCACCCAACUCAUACAAGAACUUAGCUGUUGGAAUAGUCUUGUAAUGUCCUAUGAUUCUUCCUUCUACACCGUGGUCAAUACUUUCUUCAGAAGCUAAAGGGGGACAAGCACAGAGAAUCAUUUGCUACUAUUUACCGAACUUGGAAGUAUUUAAUUUCCAGUGCUGAUAAUGUUUCACUGUCAUCCCUUAUGAAUACUGUUUGUGUCAUAGUUUCAUGUUUGUAUAUUUUUCUCCAUUUCUUCAUUUCUCUAUUAGAGUAUUACUAUACUUUAGGCAUAAAAAAUAUCUGGGCAGAGGGAACCAACCAUCCCAAAUUUACACAGAAAGAUUUAAUUCUUUGGUGUUAUUAUAUCCAUCCUCACCAAAAUGAAGCUUAACGCCAAAAUAUAGAAGUAAGAAGAAGAAGGAAAUCACAGUAUAGUCUGUGGGUUAAAUUAAUUUUGUCACAAGAAUUCAUUUGGAAGAUGCUUCUCAUAUAAUCUACAGAGUUGACCAAAUCCCCUCCCAGUGACCUUCCAUUUAGUUGGAAUAUCUAAGCAGACAUAAAUAGUAACGUCGGGGCACUUCAGAAUCUUCAUCUGAUUUAUAUCUUCAUAGGUCCAUGUUUCUAUUUUCAAAUGUCCUUUAUUUCAAAGCAGCAUGUCACUAAAAAAAAGAAAUGGGCAAUCCUCAUUCCUCAAAAGAUACGUGCAUUGGGUUGGGCAAAAUCAUCCAGGCUACCAGUUGGAUAAUAAAAGUCGAAAUGUACUAUUUGAUUUUUUCCUAUGUUUCCAAGCAAGUAUUUCUCACCAGACACUGACCCCAUCAUAUCCCCUUUCCUCUUCUCAAAUUAGCUGGUUUUCUUAGUGACAAUCUGAACUCAUGAGGUUGAAUUCACCAUUGCUUACUUCCUGGUAGUCCAUAAAAAGUACCCUAGAGAAGUAAGAGCCCACAGGGAUAGAGUUUGCACAAUAAGAUUCCUGAAAGCCUGCAUGUUCCUGUAACAUUCCAUUUACAGAAGACUCCAGCCAAUCCAAUGUAAUAUGCUCUCACCUGAACUUCUCUAUCAAUUAGAUUUUUAGGGAAUUACUUUUAACUAAAUUUCAGGCUAUUUAGGAAAUAAGUUGUACAUAAGCAAUGCUUAUUCUAAUGUGAUAAAAUUAUCUACACACAGUCAAAGCAACGUGUCAAUCUGUAGAAACUAAAUCAAACAGUUUGUGGUAUAGUCUAAAGAUAAAGCAAGUGGUCUACCCUCUUCUCAAGUGGUUCUCCUGGCACUGUGUAAACCAGUCCCCAAAAUUUAAUGUGUAUAAAAACUUCCUGGAGAUCUUGUUAAAAUGAAGAUUUUAACUGAUUCAAUAGAUCUGGGGUAGACUCCAAGAUUCUACGUUUCUAAGAAGGUCCCAGGCAAUGCUGAUGCUGCUUGUACAUGGACCAUAUUUUGAGUAGCAAGGAUGUGGUGACAGGAUCAUAUUUAUGGGAGAAGAGAGGCCAGGGUUGUUAAGUGCCUUCAGUUACGGAUUUCAACACACGUAAGGCCAUGUUUCUGAUGUUAUAGGCGAAGGAGAUGCAGCAGAUGGUGAAAUUGGAAGCCGAGAUGGACCGCAGACCAGCAACAGUAGUAUGAAACUCCAAAAUGCAAACUGAAGCAGCAAACCCACAAAGCAUCAAAAGACUCACUCACAAACUUCUGAACACAAACUCCAUGGAUGAAAGCUGUUUAUUUUGUUUCCUUUAUGUGUAAACAAGAUGAUAUCUGAAACCAGAGAGACUUGGAAUGUCUGACUGACUUCUAUUUAACAGCUUGAGUAUUGCAUUUCCUUGGCCAAACAAAAAUAGCUACAAAUCCACAAAAAUUUACUAUUCCAGUAAGGCAGAGUUCAACCAUUGAUAAUACAACUUAAACAUGUUUGCUAUAAAAUACCAUCACAAGUAAAUGAGCUUGGUGUGAACAACUCUCCUUUGUGAUGCCUUAGGACAUGUUUGAACUGCAGCAAAAAACAAAAACAAAAAACAGUGCAUUAGCAAUUUCAUAGCAAGUGCAUGCACUAGGAAAAGAAAACUCUGUCUACAAAUUUAUUAGCAGAAGUGGCGGUCUGCUAGACAAAUAAUUUUGCAAAAUUUUUCUACAUCUAAGUUACCUCAUCAGUAAGUGCCAUGUCUCUACCAUGCCAUCAGAGGCUAAUUUCCUGUAAAAGUUGUGGAAAUUGUUAGAACAAUAGAAAAAUAGAGCAGUGUAUGUGUGCCAAAACUCAUCAUUACUCAAAGGAGAACUGUGUUAGGCACAUUUAAGAAAGUUUACAUCUGACAUUGCUUUAUAGGAAUUGUUUCUGCAGAUUCCGGGUAUUAUAAUUCACACCAUAAAGAUUGUGAAGUGGUUAUUGGCAAACGUUUGUAAAUGUGACCAUGUAUAAAGUAUUUAUACUCUUUAAUUCACACUGUUAGAGAGCAAAAUCAUCUAAGUAUUGCCACAUGACAAGAUUAGUAAACAGGAAUACUAGAACUAUGUUUGCAUGAUACACAAGCACCAAUAAAGACUAAUCCAUACACAGUUAACCUAAUGCCAAAUAAAUACUGGUUAAAUAAAUGUAUGGCACAGAAUAUAAUUUGACUAUCAAGACUUUUAGCAUAAUGAAAAACCCCCUCUCUAUAUAUAUAUGUGUAUAUGAAUUAUGUGGGCAUUCUUGAUACUUCAAGUUCUAGUUUGAAAAAAAUACAUAACUAAUUUAAUUUUACACAAAAAUAUUUAUGCAGAUUUUCAGAAUUUCAUAUCAGGAAAUGACCUUUUUAUGUCUGUUAAAUAUCAAAACAAUUUGCUACAGUGUUAAUCUGCAUGGUCUUUAAGCCUGCUGUAGUUGAGUUGCAGACAGUGCAUGAAAAAGUAUUCCGCUGGGAAUUGAGCCAUGCCACCAAAGCCAAGAGGAGCGCAUGGAAACCCGGUAGUCUAGAACUAAUCAGAUUACUGAUUUUAGGGCACAGCACCAAAUGAAUUGUUGUAUAUGCUUGUAAAAAUUGAUUCUGUGUGUUCCUCUGAACAAAGCGGAGAAAAUGAUGAUACCAUCAAUAUUGAAAUUAAACUUCCAACUUCUCUAAUAAAAAAUUAAAACACGCAUAA